GAAUGAUACCCUUCAGAGUCUCAAGACUGUGAGGCUUAUGCUUUGUUUGUCUCCUCUGUAACUCCUCGCUUAAAUUCUCCUCUUGCAAAUUGCAGUACGGUUUAUUCUUUGCCGUUUUCGAUAAAAAAACAUACGUCGUGGCCCUUUUCCUGUGUCUCAUCUUUCCAGUUUUUCGAAUUGACACUCGUCCUUUUUUUGCUUAUCCAUCUAUUUAUAUCAUUUUCUUUUUAGUUCCGAGUCUGCAAGUGAAGUCUCAAGUUGUGUUUUUUUCUUGAAAUUGAUCGUUUUUAGAGGGCUGCAUCUCUGUUUUUCUAGAUGGGUGCUGCUUCUACUGGGUACCCAUUUGGAGUUACUAUCCAUUCCAAUGGAAAAAUCGGUGCUUUUCCUCACAGAAUGGAUUGCUCAAGCUCUAGUUUCCCUCUCAAUGCGGAGGUUUCAAGAAUUAACUUGUACCCUAGUUCCGAUUAUGCCAUUAAUUUCAAGGGACUUGUUAGUCAUUCUUUACCUGAUACUGAUGGUUUCUUCUGGGAGAAAGUCCCAACACCUCUACUUGAUGUAAUUGAAAGCCCAAUCCACUUGAAAAAUUUGUCUCCUAAGGAACUGAAAGAAUUAGCGGAUGAAAUUCGUUUCGAGUUGUCUUCUGUGAUGUCAAAAACACAUAAACCCUUUAAAUCCAGUUUGUCAGUGGUAGAGCUGACAAUUGCAAUACACCACGUUUUCCAUGCUCCAGUCGAUAAGAUAUUGUGGGAUGAGGGGGAUCAGACAUACGUACAUAAAGUUCUAACAGGAAGGCGGACCCUCAUGCAUACAGUGCGAGAAAAGAAUGGCCUUUCUGGUUUUACAUCUCGGUUUGAGAGUGAUUAUGAUCCUUUUGGUGCAGGCCAUGGUUGCAACAGCAUUUCUGCUGGGCUUGGUAUGGCGAUUGCAAGGGAUAUUAAAGGAAAGCGGGAGCGUAUAGUUGCUGUCAUUAGCAAUGGGACAACUAUGGCAGGUCAGAUCUAUGAGGCAAUGAGUAAUGUGGGCUAUCUGGACUCAAAUAUGGUGGUUAUUUUAAAUGACAGUCGUCACUGUUUACACCCAAAGACUGAAGAGGGCCCCAAGACAUCCAUUAAUGCUCUAUCUAGUACUCUAAGCAAGCUACAGUCAAGUAAAUCCUUUCGGAAGUUGAGACAAGUUGCUAAGGGUGUUACUAAAAGAAUUGGUAGUGGUAUGCACGAAUUGGCAGCCAAAGUAGACGAGUAUGCACGUGGUAUGAUGGGUCCACUGGGAUCAACUCUUUUUGAAGAGCUUGGAUUGUAUUACAUUGGUCCUGUUGAUGGGCAUAAUAUUGAAGAUCUGAUUUGUGUUCUUCAAGAAGUAGCAUCUCUGGAUUCAAUGGGUCCUGUGUUGGUUCAUGUAGUAACAGAGGAAACUGAGGGACCAGAACAUAAUCGAAAGAGUGAAAUAUCAGGCAAGCACCUUCAAGAUUCAAGCAAUUUUUGUCCAUUACCGUCUAGGAUCCACUCAUUGACAUAUAGUGAUUGCUUUGUGGAGGCUUUAGCUGUGGAGGCAGAGAAGGAUAAAGAUAUUGUGAUAGUUCAUGCUGGAAUGCAAAUGGAGCCUACUCUUCAACUAUUACAGGAAAAAUUUCCAGACAGGUUUUUUGACAUGGGAAUUGCUGAGCAACAUGCAGUCACAUUUUCUGCCGGUAUGUCCUGUGGUGGAUUGAAGCCAUUUUGCAUAAUUCCUUCCACCUUUCUACAGAGGGCUUAUGAUCAGGUGGUCCAUGAUGUAGAUCGGCAGAGACUUCCAGUGCGAUUCAUCAUUACCAGUGCAGGGCUUGUAGGGUCUGAUGGCCCGUUGCAGUGUGGGGCAUUUGAUAUUAUAUUCAUGUCAUGCUUGCCAAACAUGAUAGUCAUGGCACCAUCCAAUGAGGACGAGCUUGCGCACAUGGUGGCCACUGCAGCCCAGAUUAAUGAUAGACCUAUUUGCUUCCGGUAUCCUAGGGGUGCCAUCGUACGGGCAGACUACUCUAUAUGCAGUGGAGUUCCCAUUGAGAUUGGAAAAGGGAAAGUUCUUGCAGAGGGUAAAGAUGUUGCUUUGCUCGGCUAUGGGGCAAUGGUUCAGAAUUGUCUGAAGGCUCGGUCCCUUCUCUCAAAGCUUGGCCUUGAUGUAACAGUGGCUGAUGCAAGGUUCUGUAAGCCCCUAGACAUCAAGCUUCUCAGACAGCUGUGUGAAAACCAUGAAUAUCUGAUCACCGUUGAGGAAGGCUCUAUUGGGGGAUUUGGAUCCCAUGUUGCCCAGUUCCUCACACUUGAUGGAAAACUUGAUGGAAGAAUUAAGUGGCGUCCAAUCGUUCUACCAGACAACUACAUAGAGCAUGCAUCAGCUGAUGAACAGCUUGCUCUUGCUGGGUUGACUGGACAUCAUAUAGCUGCAACAGCAUUAAGUUUGCUUGGCCGCAACCGUGAAGCCCUCCUCUUGAUGUGCUAGAAAGUCGUACUUCUCU